CCCGUCAGGCCCUGUUGCCAUGGCAACCCUGACGUCAGGCAGGGCGGUGGCAGCCGGCAGGUCGGAAGCGUCGCGCUUUCCGGCAGGUCGCGCGGCGGUGUCGCGUCGCGGUGCUUUACGGCCAGUCCCCGGCGUGAAGCGGGAUGGCGGAGGAGUGGCUGGGGGGGGAGGCGGCCGUGAGCGCCAGCGAGGGCGAGGAUGAGGGGCAGGAGGAUGGCGAGCGGCGGCACCGGCAGCUCCUGGAGGCGGUCAGCUCCCUCUCCGGACGGAGGCGGAGGAAGCUGGCCGAGCGUACGGAGGCGAGCGCGCAGGUCUCCGAGUUCAACGUCAGCUGCAAAGGUGCUGGGGAGAAGCUGGUUCUGUCCGAGCUCCUGCAGCCCAUCCGCCCCAAAUCCGCCCUCAGCAACGUGAAGAAGGAGCUGAUCAGAGUGAAGCAGAAAAAGGCCGUGGAGCUGCCGCUCAGCAAGGAGGAGGCAAAGCGGGUCGUGAGGGAAGCUGCCUACGUCAGGACCUCCAAGGACGUGGGCAAGUGGCAGGAGGUGGUCCUGCAGAACCGCCGGGCGGAGCAGCUGGUUUUCCCUCUGAAGCAGGAGAUUGCCACGGUCGCCCCCCUGGAGCAAGUGACCUCAGCGUGGAAGGCCCGAACUCCCCUGGAGCAGGAGAUCUUUGGGCUGCUCCACAAGACGCAGCAGCCCAUCACAGACCCGCUGCUGACGCCGGAGGAGGCUGCCUCGCUGCAGGCCAUGAGCUUGGAGGAGGCCCGGCAGCGGCGGGCAGAGCUGCAGAAGGCUCGGGCUCUGCAGUCCUACUACGAAGCCAAGGCUCGGCGAGAGAAGAGGAUCAAGAGCAAGAAGUACCAUCGUGUGCUGAGAAAAAGCAAGAGGCGCAAAGCCCUGAAGGAGUUUGAGCUGCUGCACAAGUCGGACCCCGAGGCUGCCUUGGCGAGGCUGGAGGAGCUGGAGCAGCUCAGGAUGCAGGAGCGGAUGAGUCUUAAGCACCAGAACAAGGGAAAGUGGGCCCGUUCCAGGGCCAUUAUGGCUAAGUACGACCUGGAGGCCCGCAAGGCCCUGCAGGAGCAGCUGGCCAGGAACAAGGAGCUGACGCAGAAGGUGCAGGUGGAGCUGCCCAAGGAGGAGCUGGGUGAUGCACCCGAGGAGGACCUCACGUCGGUGACAGUUCCCACCAUCCCCACGGGUGCUGGUGGAGCCAACCCCUGGAUGCUGGGUAAGCCCAGUGGCCCGGCCGAGGAGCCCGAGGCGCAGGAGUGUCGUGAAGACGCUGCGGUGCCUGGUGCUGUGGAGAGCAAGGAGGUGGAGGAGGAGGAGGAGGCGGAGAUGUCAGAGGAGGAAGCUCUGCUACAAGACUUUGAGCAGAAACGACAGGCACGGCAGCAGCGGGCAGGGAGCCCCGAGGGACACGGUGAGGAGCACCCAGCCCUGGGGUCAGGUGCUGAUGAGACAGAGGUGGUUGCUGAUCUACCCGGGGACAGCCCCAUGCACCCCGUCUGUGCCGAGGAGCGGGCGAGCCUGGGGGUCGAGCAGCCCCCCCAGGGGCAGGAGGAGCCGCUGCUGUCGGAGCAGCUGGGCCGGGUGCGGACGAUGGAGGACAUCGAGGCCCUGGCCUCGGAGGAGCAUGUGGAAGAGCAGGAGAAGCCAGUGGCCCCGAGAGCAGGGAAGCGAGCGCAGCAGCAGGAGAAAGGCAGAGCAGGGGACAAGUGUGACAAACCAGCAGCCAAGAAGAAGAAGAAGAAGAAGGAGAUGAUUAGCCUGCAGGCAGUGCUGGAUGGGAAGCCCCAGGAGGCUCAGUGCCCCAGCCUCCCCGUGGUCAUGGAGGAGGAGGAGGGUGGCAUCGACCAGAGGGGGGUGAUCACCGAGGCCUUUGCCGGGGACGACGUGGUCGCCGACUUCCGCCGGGAGAAGCGCAAGGCGGAGGAGGCCGGGAAGCCGCAGCCGGUGAACCUGGUGCUGCCGGGCUGGGGCGAGUGGGGAGGCUCCGGGCUGAAGCCCAGCACCAAGAAAAGAAAACGGUUCCUGCUCAAGCCGCCCCCGGCGCCUCCCAGGAAGGACCAGCACUUGCCCCACGUCAUCUUGAGCGAGAAGCGCAACAUCCACGCGGCAGCACAUCAGGUCAACGAGCUGCCCUUCCCCUUUGAGCGGCACCAGCAGUUUGAGCAGAGCAUCCGGGCGCCCGUGGGCCCCACCUGGAACACGCAGCGUGCCUUCCAGAAGCUGACAGCCCCCCGCGUCCUCACCCGAGCCGGCCACAUCAUCCAGCCCAUCUCCGCCGAGGAUGUCCCCGAGGCGGCCACCGCGGCCGGCCCCGGCACCAAGCCAGCGCUGGAAACUCGGCCCAAGCGCCGGGAGCUGCCCCUCCGCCCGCGCCGCAGAGCGCGGUAGCCCCCCGUGUCCCUGGGGCUGGGACUGGAGCCAGGGGAGGCUCCUGGUGGUGUCCCCGGUACCUCCUGCCGCUUCCCCCCGCAAUAAAACCAGCUCCUGGGA